UUUAUAAUAUUUGUUUGUCAAACUUGUUAAAAUGAUUUUAUCAUGGUUAAAAUCAUAUAGUAAUUAUUUGUUUGCUUAAAAAAAGGGGGAAAAAAAAAAUAAAAUAAAUAAAAAUAGUAUAAUUUGUGUAAAAAAAUUUCAAACUAAAUUACUCAACAAAAUACAUUUUUGUGAAUCCCACAUCUUAUUUUCCUUUGUUUAGUCACGUUAAUUUUCAUAUUAGAGAAAUAUUUUUCAUAAUUUAAACCCUAAACCUUUGGAAAGAACCUAAAAUCACAUGAUCCAAUGUCACAGACAAUUUAUUAAAUUUCUAAUAUUUCAUGGCGCCAAAACUCAUUAACAACCCAUAACUAAACCAUGUCCUCAACCACCCUUAUAACCACCCCAUCCAUAUCCACCACCAAUUAUGCAUCCCUUUCGCCACCCUCUCAGUCCACCACCACCACCACCACCACCACCACCAAACACCGCCAUCCUCCACCAACAGACGGGCUCGCAUUUCUGAUCGACAAAUCCAAAACCACUCACCAGCUCCUCCAAAUCCACGCUUCCCUUAUCCGCCGCGGACUUGACCACCACCCAAUCUUGAAUUUCAAGCUCCAGCGGUCUUACUCCUCUCUUGGCCGCCUCGAUUACUCCGUCGCCCUCUUCGAACGAACCCACAACCCCAAUGUUUUCUUCUACACCGCCACUAUUCACAGCCAUGCCAUGAACAACCUCCAUGAACAAGCUUUCCAUUACUAUGUCCAAAUGCUGACCCAAGGCAUUGAACCCAAUGAAUUCACAUUCUCUGCAAUCCUAAAAUCUUGCCCUCUCAAACCUGGAAAAACUCUUCAUUCACAAGCCUUGAAAUUCGGGUUUGAUUCCAAUACUUAUGUUAGGACUGCUUUAGUUGAUGUCUAUGCAAGAGGGGGUGAUGUUGCGUGUGCACAGCAACUGUUUGAUACAAUGCCUGAGAAGAGUUUAGUUUCUUUGACUGCAAUGAUCACUUGCUAUGCGAAGCAUGGCGAUGUUGGGAACGCUCGGUUACUGUUUGAUGAAAUGUUGGAGAGGGAUGUUGUGUGUUGGAAUGUGAUUAUUGAUGGGUAUGCUCAGCAUGGUAGGCCAAAUGAGGCUUUGGGUCUGUUUAGGCAAAUGUUGUCAGCUAAAGUGAAGCCUAAUGAGGUUACUUUAGUAUCAGUUCUCUCUGCUUGUGGGCAGCUUGGGGCGUUGGAAUCAGGUAGAUGGGUUCACUCUUACAUUGACAAUAAUGGGGUUCAGUUGAAUGUUCAUUUGGGUACUGCUUUGGUUGAUAUGUAUAGCAAAUGUGGCGGUUUGGAGGAGGCCCGCUUGGUUUUUGAUAAGAUGAAGUACAAGGAUGUCAUUGCUUGGAAUUCGAUGAUUUUUGGGUAUGCAAUGCACGGAUUCAGCCAAGAUGCUUUGCAGUUGUUCAGUAGUAUGUGCCGGAUGGGUCUCCGUCCUACUGAUAUUACCUUUAUUGGCGUUCUGAGUGCUUGUGCUAAUGCAGGGUUGAUUUCCGAGGGAUGGGGCUUUUUCCAUUCGAUGAAAGAUGAAUAUAAGAUUGAACCGAAGAUUGAGCACCAUGGUUGUAUGGUAAAUCUUCUUGGGCGAGCUGGGCAUUUACAGGAAGCUUACGAGCUUGUUAAGAAGAUGAAGAUUGACCCUGAUCCCAUCUUAUGGGGAACAUUACUCGGUGCCUGUAGGCUCCAUGGUAAUGUUGGUUUGGGAGAGGAAAUUGUGGAGUUCCUUGUUGGUCGAAAUCUUGCAACUUCGGGAACAUAUAUUCUUCUGUCUAAUAUAUACGCUGCAGUCGGGAAUUGGGAUGGAGUGGCAAGAAUGAGGACCAUGAUGAAAGACAAUGGAGUCUGGAAGGAGCCCGGCUGUAGCUCGAUUGAAGUGAACAAUAGGGUGCAUGAGUUCCUUGCUGGAGAUUCGAAGCACCCAAAGUGUAAAGAAAUCUAUAUGAUGCUGGAGGAGAUGAAUGGAUGGCUUAAGGCUCACGGUUACACCCCGGCAACAGAAACUGUAUUACAUGAUAUCAGAGAGAGUGAAAAGGGGCGAUCCCUCGAAGUUCACAGUGAGAAGCUUGCCAUUGCUUUCGGACUUAUCAGUACUCAACCGGGAACUACAAUCAAGAUUGUGAAGAACCUCCGAGUGUGUUCAGACUGUCAUGCUGUGACUAAACUGAUUUCAAGAAUCACGGGGCGUAAAAUAGUUGUGAGGGAUCGGAACCGAUUCCACCACUUUGUGAAUGGUUCGUGUUCUUGUGGGGAUUACUGGUGAACAAACAGUAGAUUAUUGAUCUCAUGUUGCUGAAAGAAGCAGCACUUAUUGGAUGAAUGUUUAUUUUGUUUGGCAUUGUUUAGCUAUUCAAAUUUCAAAUUGUAAAGAAAUUCUCCUUUUUAAUUA